AUGGGUUGCGAUCUGAGGCUAGCUGCCACGUUCAGCUCCAGGGUCCACAGAGCUGUACCAUCGGUUGAUGCGCUGGCUCGAGCGCCCCCGCUCCUGGGGGUGAAGGCUGCGUUUGCCAAUAGGCUCCACGCACUGAAGGACGAGGCUCUCGUGUCUACCGACUUCGAGACGUGCUCCAUCUCCAUUUUCGGUUCCAUGGCGGGCAUCGUCCUGUACCCCACGUUCGUGAAGCUUGCAGCCUGGCACGUCAACGUGUGGGACUUCUUGUGCCGCGUCGUUGACCUGUUCGGCCUUUUCUUCACGUGCAUGUUCUGGGUGUCCAUCAACUCUGAGGCACACCCCAUCUUCAACGCCUUCGGUUCCAAAGCGGGCAUCAUCCUGGACCCCAUUUCCCUGAAGCUUGUGGCCUGGCUCGACAUCGAGGGGGGCUGCUCGAGCCGUGUCGGGGUCCUCUUCAAGGUUUGUGCAUUUGGUGUUCUUCGCAGAUGGCAUUUUGGUCUUCAUACCAAGUGCGCUCAGUGCUUGUCCUUCGUCCUGCAGGUUCUGUUCGUGGAGUUCGGGUCCAUGGAGGGCUUCCGGGUGUCUGUCGCCGCGCCGUUGCUGGCCCCCUGCCACUAA